AUGUUGAGUGUGUUGAGGCAUUGUGCCCGUGCAGCGGCAACACCGCUAAGCGCGGCUGCGAGGGGAUACGGUCUGCGAAGGUUGGUGUCUCUUAGCAGUUUGGUUUGCAAAACGCACCCCCCCAGCGGAGUGCUUACAUGGCCUACAGUUGGGUUGCCCCAAGAUGGGCCGACGAUCCUUGGAGAGGUUAUCCAGUUGGACUCGGUGUUGCGGAAGAGGAGGAAGAAAAUGAAGAAACAUAAGUUGCGGAAGAGGCGGAAGCGGGAGAAAGCUGAACGGUUGAAGCUAUCGCAGGGGAGGUAG